UGCACACAGAUACGUAAACAAAGUGUGUCUUACUAGUAAAAUUGGAAGAAAUUUAGAAAUUUGUCUCGUAAACGCUGCAAAUAAUUUAGUCAAAAUGACGGAACCAGCAAUUGGGGGUAUUCAGAGUACGGCGGGAGCCAUCCCUGUCCGAAAUAAAAAAGGCGAAUUGACUAUGCAAAAGGUGAAAGUCCAUCGCUAUAUUUCUGGAAAAAGACCCGACUAUGCUCCAGAUUCGAGUUCUGAAGAGGAAUCAGAUCACGAAGAUUUCAUUCAAACACAAAAAGGCAAAAGGUCUAGAGAGGAAGAGAGUGAGAAGAUUGUUGAAGUGGUCCAGGAUAGAAGAUUGGAGCGUUUGAAGAGGAAUGAGCAGGAGAAGUCUGAAGAUGAAGAGGACGAUGAAGCUGACAUUGCCGCCAGAAGACUUAGGAGGAGAGCCAUGGUGGAACCAGAAAUAUUGGAGGGUUCGUCGUCAGAAGAUGAAAAAAUGGAGACGUCGAUGGGGAAGGUUGUCAUACCUGGGGACGCGAUGGAGAGUGACGAAGACGAUGAGGUCAAUGAAGAGGACAUGGAGAGGAGGAGGGCGCUGAUUCGACAGAAGCUGCUGAACAAGCGGACACAGGAAGAGGAAACUGAAAUCAUAAUGGACGUUGACGAAAUUAAGCAGGAAGAAUCGUCAGAAGACACUUCGGAGUAUGAAGAGUACACAGAUUCUGAGGAAGAGGACUUGGGACCUCGCUUGAAGCCAGUUUUUGUGCGGAAAAGAGACAGACUUACCGUGGCCGAGAAGGAAAAAAUGGAAGAAAAAGAACGGCUGGCUGAGAUUGAAGCCAAGAGAGCAGCUGAGGAGAGAAAGCGCCAGUCCAUCAAGAUGGUAGAAGAAGAAAUUCGAAAAGAAAACGCCACCAAAAAGUCUACUGGAGCCACUGAAGGUGCUAAAAUUGAUGACGUCUGCACUGACGACGAAAAUGACGAGCUGGAGUAUGAGGCGUGGAAGAUCCGCGAGCUGAAGAGAGUGAAGCGAGACAAGGAUGAAAAGGAACAGUUGGAGAAGGAACGAAUUGAAAUCGAGCGACUGAGAAAUAUGACUGAAGAACAGAGGAGACAGGAGCUGAGGAACAGGCCAAAGCUCAUCACCAACAAAGCCAUCAAGGGCAAAUACAAGUUCUUGCAGAAGUACUUCCAUCGUGGUGUUUUCUACUUGGACGAAGACGACGAGGUGUACAAACGAGAUUUCUCUGGAGCAACUUUGGAAGAUCACUUUGACAAAUCAGUUCUGCCCAAAGUCAUGCAAGUUAAGAACUUUGGUCGCUCCGGUCGCACCAAGUACACUCAUCUUGUGGAUCAAGAUACCACUGCAUUUGACAGCCCCUGGUCUCAGGAAACAACUGCAAGGCUCGGAUCAUUGAAAUCCACUGCUGGAAGCAGUUCUAGCAGAAAUUAGUUCAUAAUUCAGGUGUAAUUAAUAGAAUAGUUCAUCUUUGUAAAAUAAAGGAAUUUGCUAAAAUAUCAGCAGA